CGCUCGCAGUCGGACCGGGCGCUCCGUGCUCCGCCAGCCGCCGGCGCCCGCUGCUCCAGCCAAACUUCCCGGGGCUCGGAGGGCGGGGGGGCGGCGGCGGCACGGGGGGGCCCGUGGAGCCCGGCAUCCCGCGACGCCUGCCCGCCCGCAGCCUGCCGAGCCCCCCGCGAGCCGCCGGAGCGGGGAGGGAAGAAGGGGGGGGGAAAGAAAAGAGUGACGAGGGGAAAGCGAUUCUAAUUUUUUUUUUUUUUUAAGGAAAGAUUUAAAGGGAAUUUGGAAAGGGGGAACGAAAUUAAAGGGGGAGAAAAAGUUUAAAAGUUAAAGGAAAGGAGGAAAAACUUUAAAAAGAAAAAUUCAAGAGGGAGCUAGUUUUUAUUUUUAAUUUUUUUUAAGAAGAGAAAAAAAAUAAUUGAGGGAGAGAAAAAAAAAUAAUUGCAAAGGGCUUGAUCCGGGAGAACAAUACUCGCCGGGAAAGUUGCUGCGCGGCGGGGAGGGAGCGGCGGGAGGAAAAUGCCGCAGCUGGGCAGCGGCGGCGGGGACGACCUGGGCGCCACGGACGAGAUGCUGGCCUUCAAGGACGAGGGCGAGCAGGAGGAGAAGAUCCCCGAGAACGCCUUCACCGAGCGCGACCUGGCCGACCUCAAGUCCUCGCUGGUGAACGAGUCCGAAGGCAGCGGCAGCCCGGCCGCGGCCGCCGCCGAUGCCGAGGCCCUCCGGCGAGUGCAGGAUCCGCAGAGGGUGUACCAGGAGAAGCUCCCGGACCACAUGGAUGAUGCAGGUAUGAAACAUCAGGACCCAGGGAUGUAUAAAGGAUCUGCCUAUUCUGGUUACCCUUUCCUGAUGCUCUCAGAUCCGUAUCUGCCCAAUGGAUCUAUGUCACCUCUGUCCAACAAAGUUCCCGUCGUGCAGCCGUCGCACGGAGUGCACCCGCUCACGCCGCUCAUCCCGUACAGCAACGACCAUUUCAGCCACGGCUCCCACUCCCCCCACCUGCCCGCUGACAUCAACCAGAAACAAGCAGGAGUGCACCGUCCUUCCCAGACCUCAGACAUCCCUGGUUUCUACCCCCUGCCCCCCGGAGGAGUGGGCCAGAUCACGCCGUCGAUGGGAUGGCAGAGCCAGUCUGUCUAUCCGCUCCCGUCAUGUGGAUUUAGACAGCCGUACUCGUCAGCGCUUUCUGCUGGGGCUUCUUUCUCCAGGUUCACUCACCCGCUGAUGCUGGGCUCUGGCAUGCACACCACCGGCAUCCCGCACCCCGCCAUCGUGCCCCACUCCGGCAAGCAAGAGAUGGAGCACUACGACCGAAACAUGAAACCUCAACCAGAACCAAAGAGAGAGAAGGAAGCCAAGAAGCCCACUAUUAAGAAGCCCCUGAACGCUUUCAUGUUGUAUAUGAAAGAAAUGCGGGCGAAAGUCAUCGCCGAGUGCACCCUGAAAGAGAGUGCUGCCAUCAACCAGAUCUUGGGAAGGAGGUGGCACGCCCUGUCCCGGGAGGAACAAGCCAAGUACUACGAACUGGCUCGCAAGGAACGGCAGCUCCACAUGCAGCUCUACCCCGGCUGGUCUGCCAGAGACAACUACGGGAAAAAGAAGAGACGAACACGGGAAAAGCAGCAAGAUUCCAGCUCGGAUCCUGCCUCUCCUAAGAAAUGCAGAGCUCGCUUUGGCCUCAACCAACAAACGGACUGGUGCGGCCCGUGCAGGAGGAAAAAGAAGUGCAUUCGGUACCUACAAGGAGAAGGACGCUGUGCCAGCCCAGUUUCUUCCGAUGGAAGUGCUAUAGACUCCCCUCCAUCCCCACCGGACGCACUCCGAUGCAUCCCAUCCGCCUUCCCGUCAGAGCAGCUCGCAGCCCCCGCCGACCCCGCGCACCGCGACCAGCCCGACCCCUGCCCCGUGUCCGCGCACCUCCCGCCCGCCUCCGGCCCCUCCAGACCCGGCGCCCGGCGCUCCUCGGCACCCGCCGCGCCCCCCGCCUCCAGCCGCGCCUCCUCGGGGACAUAGUCCCUGCCGGCCGCUGGCCGCACCGGGCACUCCGCUCGCCCAACUGGUUCCGGUGCCCCCGUACGAGGACCAGAGGCCCAGCAAAAUCCCCAUCUCACUGUAAAACAUGCAAAGUUUGGCGACAGGAUGACUUAAGGAUGAUGGAAAACUCACUUGGUUGGGUUUUUUUUUUUUUUUUGGAGGGGAGGGGUGAAAGAUAGAAAAGCAAUUUCAAAAAAAAAAAAAGGUAAAAAAAUUAGUACUGGCCAAAAUUUAAAGUGCUGAUGAGUAAACAAGCCUUUUGUCCCUGCCCUGUGAUGCUUUUUUUGUUUGUUUGGGGUUUUGUUUUGAUUUCUUUUUUACUGCAUUAUCUCCCAAGUGUGGCAGAGAGCAGAGCCACAUCCCCAGCUUGCUGCUGUAGGUGGUAGGUGCUGUCAGUCUAACCCUGGCUUCCACUCCCUGCCCUCCGAGCUGCUUGAAAGUGUAGUCACUCACAGAUCUCCCAUAGCCGUUACACCAAGGAGCUGGAAAAGCUGGAAUAGGAGAAUUUUUUAAAAGCCCAUAUGUCUGAAAAGGAAAGGAAGCAAUGCCAGCAUUCUGAUCUGACCAGGUAAAAGAGAAAUUAAAUAUUUAAAGCAAUGAGGUGAAUUUUUUGAACUUCUUGUUUGAGAAGAGGAAGAUGUUGUUUGCAGGUAACAGGUCUGUGUGCAGACAUGUCCCAUUCCACGGCUGUACAGCCAGGCACAGGAAAAGGGAGCACCAGCCAGGCGAAGGAGCACAGAGGCUGCUGGAAGGGCUGAUGGUUGCUCAGAGCAUCGGUCAGGUGCAGGGUCUGUCCUGCUGUUAGGAAUUGUCCUCUGCACAUGUGGAUGGUCAGAAAUCCCACCAGACAGACUGGCCAAAGCCUCAGGAAUCAGUCUGUUGCUUUUGUAGGCUCUGAUCGAGCUCCGCACCUCCGCAGCAGUGAGCAGGGCAGGGCAUGUGGGGAGCCACCAGCUCCAACAGGCUGGCCAGUGGCCCAGGAGCUCACUAGCCCAGGGCAGAGGACCACACUGGCCAAUGGCCCAGCUUCACACUAGCCCAGGGCUGACUGAGGACCACAGCGGCCAGUGGCCCAGCUUCACACUAGCCCAGGGCUGAGGACCACAGCGGCCAGUGGCCCAGGAUC